AUGGCGAAUAACUCAAAUUCUGGCACCCAAGGUAAACUACCGACUGUCUCAACAACUUUUAUUUUUCGUAUUUUAGGCCUCUACACCUGCGCGGAAGCCUAUUCGGAGAUUACGGUUUGGACCUCGAUCAUGCUGGGCAUCCCGUUGGCCAUGAAUAUGAUCACGUGCGUCCUCUAUUUCUACCUUUUCUUCAUGUUCUUGUCGUUGAAACGGACCGGCGAACAUGUUCAUUCAUGGUAAGAGGUUGUUUUUAUUUUUUUGAGGUUUUAUUGGGGCUUUUGCUGAAUAAAAUCUCUUUUCAGCACGAUGUGGCUUGGUCGUUCCGCCGUCCGUGUGGGUCUCGGCCCUUCGGCCAAGAAAGCGUUGCUCAAAUUCGCCAAAGAAAAGCCGGAACUCGCCUCCCUCACUCAGAAUAUACCCGAUUGA